AUGCCUGAAUACGGCGUCGGGCAAAGGUUUACCAAAAUCUAUUGGCAACAACAAGAACAAGAGGAGAGCAAAAGAGUAUUCCCAGGACCGACGUUUUGGACGUUGACGAAAAUAUUACCAAAAGCGAACGGUCGCACGGGUCAUUGGGCGUACGGGAUUUUAACCUGGAAAGGGAGGCAACGCAUGACGGAGGAGAAAAUUACCGGGACGCACAAGACGGUGUGGAAAGUAGUCGACGAGGUUAGAGAAGAUGGGAGGAAGAAGAAGUAG